GAAAAACACAAGAAACACCCUAAAAUGGACAAACCUGCUGCGAAGUUUCGCCGUUACUACCACAUUGAGUAUUUCCUUCUGCCAGAUGAUGCGGAGCCUAGAAAGGUUGACAUGGUGCUGUUUCCCCUGGUGGCCAAAGUGUUCCUGGACUCGGGAGUAAAGACAGUGAGGCCGUGGCAUGAAGGGGACAAAGUCUGGGUGUCAUGGACCCAAACUUUUAACAUCAAUGUGACGAAGGAAUUACUCAAGAAAAUAAAUUUUCACAAAAUAACCUUGAAGGUCUGGGACGCAAAGGACAAGGUUUCAAGAAAAGUCCGGUAUUACCGGUUAAAGAAUACUGGGUAUUCCGAAGAUAUGGGAUCUUUCGAAGAAGUGAGAAGUUUGGUUUUAAAUCAGAGAAGAUUGUCUGCACAGGCCCCCCACAUCAAAGAGGAGUGGAACCAGGAAGAUGCACGAGAUAAAGCAGAAAAAGCAGGAAAACACAUCAAGUCUUUGCGUGCGGAGUUUGAAACUUUUCCCAAGAUCCCCGAGGGAGAUGAGAAGGUACUCAGAAUGGAAGAACUUUCCACAGUUCGAGAAACAGCUCUUUCUUUGGGAACAGCAGUCGGCAUGGAGAUGGAAGGAGAAGAUCAUCAUGAGAGAUCAUCAUUUAACAGCUUAACAAACAUGUUAGAAAAGCAAAAAUUUCAAAUUAAAAGGAAAGACUCAGAGGGGAGAAAGAAGAGCCAGAAGAGAGGGAAGAAAUCUCAAACAGAGGAGGAAACUGACCUCAAGAUGGAAGGAGAUUGGAAGCAUGGUACCUUCUCCACCGAGCUGGCGGUGAUGCCACUCCUCGCAGGAUGGCAAACUAUUGUGAGUCGUGGUAGGGGGAAGUCUGCCAGCAUUUUAGAUUGUUUUUUGACUUUAAAAACAGAAGGUCCUAUCAUGACUGAGGAGCAAAAGCAGGACUUAAAUCCCUUGACCAUAAAGAUAAAGUGUGUUUCCUGCCUUCCAUCACAACCUGUUCCCUUCCAUGAACUAGAGAGGCUGUGCAUCCCUGUGUACUGCAAGUACCAGUUCUUUAAGACUCCAGUUCACAGAACGGAGGGGCGGCCCCAUGGAAUCCACAUCCAUUUCCAGGACAUCAAUGUCAUCUUUCUUGGGGCAAUGCAGCCCAGUGACCUGAGGGAAUACCUGGAGGGGCCCCCCAUGGUGGUGCAAGUUCAUGACAGGGACCGCAAGUUAGAGGAGUAUUCCCGGAAGCCCACCCUGUUUGGGGAUGACCCCUUGGACGCAUACCUCAACCUCCAGUCCCUCAUCUCUCUGGAAGAGACAGAGAAUAACCCCUUUGAAUCCCAUAACAAGAUAUGGGACCCUUAUGGGGUUGCCCAGGUCAGUUUUGCUGACCUUCUCCUCGGCCAGAAGUACUUGAACUUGGUCGUCCCCAUCCACAGCUGUGAACCCAAGCCCAAACACUGUGGCCAAGAUGGCAAGAGCAGGAAGGUUGUGGGGUUUCGGGUCCCCACAGAUGGCUUCCAGCGCAACCCAAUGCCCAUGGGUAACUACCUUGAGGCCAACUCUCUGCUCAAGAUGCGGGUGGACAUCGCUGUGCCGUUGCAGGCCAGGGCUGAAGCCCCGGACCCAGAGCUUUCAGGUACCCAAUUUGGCCGCAUCAUUUUCGUGUUUGACUCCAAGAAGAGAUCCCUCCUCUACGGCCUGCUGCAGGACAUCACCAUGAUCAAUGCCAAGGCCCUUGAUCUGGAGGCCCACCCUAUCAGGAACAUCCAGCAAAUCCUGUCAGCCUUUAAGAUGCGGGUGAAGAUCCAGGAAAGGCAGGACCUAGAUGUACUCAAUGGCUUCCACCUGCUGGAUGGGAAGCUUCACCUUCUCAUUCUGGAGGGCUUGGCUGACCAAGGCUUGAAGCAGCUAUGGGACAGACAUCAAAGCCGAAUCACCAGGGCAGAGCCUGGCAAACACAAGGUGCUCUACAACUCCGCGCUGCGGUUCCGCCACCGCCUCUACGCCGACCUGGAGACCGUCCUGUACCAGGUGCACCUCUUCAAGCCGCUGUCACAGCUCAUGAAGCACUCGGCGCUCUACGUCCGCAACAGCGUUCUGCAGAAGGCCUUCCAGGCCCUGACCAGGAUCUACUCCAUCUGCCAUCACAGCACCAGGCUCAGGGAGGUGAUCUCGAGAGGCCUGCUGCCAUCCUCCGCCAUGGUCAAAGACUUGAGCCAACAGCUGGGGCUGCCCAUUUCACAGGACGAUCUCGCAGAUGGAAAACUGAUGGUCUUGCCGUCUCAGCCUGCCCCUUGUCCUGAGCGCUUCUUAAGUCGGAAAUCCACGCUGGCUUAUGAGAUCCAGGCCCACAGGGACAAGUAUCUGCGGUGGCGGAACACCAUGGUGCUCAAGAGCAAAGGCCGGGAGCCCAGCCUCAUCCAGAAAAAUAUUACUGGAGCCUACCAGCUUAAGAAGCCUUCGAAGUCUGUGGUGAAGGUGAUCCGAAUUUCAGCCCCGGCCAAAGACGCGGUUUAUAACUACAGUAUCCAAACCCUGAAUUCCACAGAGCUUGCUAAGAAGGAGCUGUAUCGAGAGAUGGCCAAGGAGCCAAGGAAGAGAUUCACGUACUCCCAGAAGUACCUCUCGGCCAUGGUGGAGCCUCAGGACUCUGAGGAGGAGGAGAAGAAUGCCAAGAAGAGAUCCCGCCAGGCCUGGCUCACUGCCAAUGGAUUCCAACUGACAGGUCUUCACAGAAGCCCGGAAAGCGACUGUCACCUGAGGCUGCCGCCCGUUGGCACCGUCCCAGAGCUAAAAGAGGAGUGGAGGGAAAAUGCCGGGUUUGCUACCAUGCUGGAUCGAGAGCGGUGGGGCUGGGACCGGCGCCACCAGGACUUCGACCUGUAUAGGCAGCCCCCGCCUUUCCUGGAGCUGCCCCCUCCUCCAGUGCCAAGGCCUGCGACAGGUAACAGAGGCCUCUGCAAGGUGGAGCCUCCUGAUGAGGGCAGUCAGGGUCUCUGCUGCUUGGCGUCUUGGCUUUUUCUUUUUCGCUAAAGCUAGGAAGUUGAGUCAGAAUGGGGCACGCAUUAAUGUGCUAGGCUGACUCAGGAGCCCUGGAUUCUAGCUGGAGCUGCAGUACUAACUUGCUGUGUGACGGGUGAGUCCCUUCACUGCUCCUGGUCUCCAGCACCACAGCAGAUGCUCAGAGAGUGCAUGUGCAAGCGGGGACAGGGCAGAGGGAGAGAGAGAAUCCUCCAGCCGAUGCCUCUCUGAAUGCAGAGUCUGACACAGGGCCCAAACCUGGGACCUGAGCCAUAAUCAAGAGCCCAGCCACUUACCCAACUGAGCCAGCGAGGGGGCCCCCUCUGGGCCUGGCUUCUUAGCUAUAAAACAUAUAAGUGGGGAAAUCGGUCUAAGGGCUUUCUGUGCCUCAACAAGCAAGACGUCUAGAUGCCUGGCCAGCAACUGGGGCAGAGGCUCUGGGCACCUCUGGGACCUUCUGACUCCGUUCCUGCUCCAUGAUGAUGUUGCCAUCGCCCUCUGUGUGAGAGAGGAAGGGAGUCUAGAAGCAUGGGUCCCUUUAGCCUUCUGUUUAUAAAGACGGGUCUCCAUUUAUAGGUUGAUAGAGAACCCAAAUUUGCUGGUUACCAGAAACUUCAUUCAGGAACAAAA